CACUCUUUCGUGCAAUAUGAAAAAUGGCGGCAAACAUAAUCAAUAACAUUGAGAGCAUUGAAAAUUGUUAUUAAUUCUUUUUAUAAAUCGUGUAUAUAUUUAUAAAAAAUAACUUAGCACAAAUAAACUAAAAAUUAAAUAUGUAUGAGAAUAAAAUAAAAAUGGACAACAAGAAUACUGAAGUUGAUAUUUUUCGUGAUACUUCUCUACGAUAUUUAGGUUACACAAAUGAAGUUGGUGAAGCUUUUAGAAGUAUUGUCCCUAAAUCAAUUGUCUGGAUGAGUUAUGUUAUUGCUAGUGGUUAUGUCAUUGCUGAUACUGCACACAAAGGGAUCAAAGAAUAUGAAAAAAUUGGGAAGGAAGAUAAAAAUAAACGUAUUAUUUUAUCUGCAUCUGACACAUUGAUAUGGCAGAGUUUUGCAUCAGUGAUAAUUCCUGGUCUAGUUAUCAAUAGAAUUUGUGCGGGUGUUCGUUUUAUGCAAAAAAAUGCUAAAAGUCCAGUUAUGAGAAACCCAUGGGUAUCAACUAUUGUUGGACUUAUUUCUAUUCCCUUGAUAAUUCGUCCUAUUGAUGAUGGAGUUGAAAGAACUAUGGACUCUACGUAUAGGCAGUGGACUGGCUAUCAUCCGCAAAAAGAAAUGGAUGAUAAAUAGUUAAUAACUAGAUUUGUUAAACUUGUUGAGACAAUACGAAAGUGUGUAGUACAAAUUAUAAAUAAUAGUAUUACAAAAUUUGGACAUUCCAAAGUAAUUGUUAUGUCGCAUUUCACUGCGAUAGUUUAUAUUCCACACUAUGUCAA